AUGAAGAAGAGCUCCACGCUAACCACAACCACGUCGGUGCCGGCGAGUCCAACGCUCUCGGCCCAGACGCUCUCCGCUAGCAAGAUCAGUCUGAAUAGCAGCCGCUGUGGCUCGACAACGGGUUCGCAAUGCGGCGGCUCUGCCUCCGGUGGAUCGAUGCGGUCCGCCUGCCAGUCGCCGGUGCGACCAGGAAGCGGUUGCGUGGACGCCAUCAAGGCCAAGCGCGAGGAGAUUGAGAUGGAAACGCUGCUCGAGAAGGCAAAGUUCUAUACCUCCGUGUGCCUUGGUACGACUGCCAUUUUGUCGGUGUUCACAUUCCUCUUCCUGAUACCCUUCGUCGUGGAUCCCGCCAUCUCAACGAUCAUAGCUGAUUAUGAUCCAGUGCCGGUGACCUGCAUUGUCAUUGAUCACAUCUAUGCGGAGGGCAUCAAGAACUGCAGCUGGAGCUCCUGCCGCGAGGGCUGCACCUCAUCACUCACCAAGUGCCAUCAGUUGUUUGUCAACUACACACGCAUCCCGUUUAGCGAGUGGGAGCGUAAUCCUCGGGACCUGGACACGGUCAACUGGGAUGUGAGCUACACCAAGUUUCUGAUUAAUUCAGAAGGCUGUGGCUAUCCCCCCACGACCAACUGCAGUGUCUUUGCCAGGCAGUAUGGAUUCUCUCACAUUGGAGAACCAUUCCCGUGCUACUACAGCCGGGCUUAUCCGGAGGUGGUCAUUGGAAGGUAUUCGUGGGAGAACAACCUGUACCAUUUGAUCCUCUCGCUGAUCAUACCGAACGUGCUCUUUGCCAUCUCAAUCGGGGUGCUAAGCUAUUGGUACUGUCCCUGCUGCGAGAAGGCGUGCAACAAGUCCUCGCGGGUCUACGCCGAAAAGUUCCCGACCAAGGAAGACAAACUUCUGUGUCACAGUGACGAAGAUGAUGAAAUGGAAUACUAGCAAAAGAGUAAUAUUAGUUAAAGCCCCAAACAAAUAGCAAAUUCAACUUUGUAGUCUGUACCAAACACACACACAACCUAGCUUAUAUAGAUAUAUAUAUAUACAUAGACAUACAAUAUAGAAAUUCCAUUCGCCAUUUUGCCAUCUCACAUCGAUAUCGGACGAUAGGAUUAAUUCCGAGCGGAGCAUCGUCGAAGGAUAACACUAAACUUUUUCUCUCAGCCAGAUUUAUUCGAAAUUUUGCGCUCAACCAACAACAACAACAAAUUUGUUAACAUAUAUAAAAACUUUGCCAUCAAAUAUUGUUACGCUAGUUAUAUAUACAAGCAUAUAUAUAUAUAUAUAUAGAGAAACUUUGGUUUGGAAUACUUUACACAAACUUUGGCUUGACCCUUUUGGCUUUUGGAGGCGCGGCAACACGAUGCUCCGCUACAUCUCGACUUUCCACUAAGAAAAUACCAAAUACCAAUUAAAAGAAUUGCUUGUUUUCAACAAAUUGUGAUAGUAGUCAUAAAAAAUAUUAAGUAAAUUCGUAAAAACUAACUAAAAGACAAACGGAAAGCGAUAACCAAAACAAAAAAAAACAAAAGACAAACCAAUCAAACAAUUGUAUAGAACCGAAUUCUCAUAACGAAAUCCUAGAACCUAGUUCCGCUCUGAAGCAGAUCGGGAUUAGGGAUUUGGAAAACCAGAAGAAGAGCUAGAUUUACCAUAAAUACCCAAACCAGAAAUCCAUAAUGGGGAUAAGCAGCGGAACCAAAAAAAUAACUCACUCAAAAAAUCACACACAGCCCCACAACACUCAUUCACUGUCCACAUUUUUGAAAUAGUUUUAAAAACAAAAUCUAAUGUAAAAAAAAAAGAAACCAAAAAUAAAACCAACAAACAUCUAACGGAUUAUAACAAUAUAUAAUAUAGAUAUAACAACAUAUACAUAUAGCUUAGCAGAACCGAUAUAACGCACGUUGCUUAUGAGAAUUUUUUAAAUCAUACAAACCAAA